UAAUUUUUUUUUUUCCUUCUAGCCAUUUUUUUAGCGGCAAAAAAAUUAGGGCUAGAAAACCAGAUCUCUCUCAAUCACCUUCAAUGGAAGCUCAAUGCAAUGGAUUAUUGAAAUAAGAAUCGGAUUCUUGGACGAGUUUUGGACCCUUGUGAUUGAUGCUUUCUUUUGGAAACUGCUGUCCGAUGGAGUUAUCUAUUUGGAACCGCAAUGCCAAGCCAGAGGCGUGGCAUUUCCUCCUAGCGGUUUACUUCGCGCUCGGUUUCGUUGUCGUUAGGUUCUUCCUUGACAAAUUCAUUUUUCGCAGGUUGGCCAUCUGGUUGUUGAGUAAUGGAUCUGCUCCUUUGAAGAUGAAUGAGGUUACACAGGCAAAAAUUGUGAAAUGCUCAGAAUCUAUGUGGAAGCUAGCAUACUAUGCUACUGUUGAAACAUGUGUUCUCAAAAUCACCUUCUAUGAGCCAUGGUUCAGAGAUACAAAAGGGUACUUCAGGGACUGGCCUGAUCAAGAGUUGAAGCUUCCCUUAAGCCUUUUCUACAUGUGCCAAUGUGGGUUCUAUAUCUAUAGCAUUGCUGCACUCCUUAACUGGGAGACUCGGAGGAAGGAUUUUGCUGUGAUGAUGUCUCAUCAUGUAAUUACUGUUAUCCUGAUUGGAUACUCAUACAUUACAAGUUUUUUCCGCAUUGGUUCAAUUAUCCUUGCCCUACAUGAUGCAAGUGAUGUGUUUCUGGAAGCGGCUAAAGUUUUCAAGUAUUCCGAGAGGGAGCUUGGUGCAAGCGUGUGCUUUGGAUUGUUUGCCAUCUCUUGGCUGUUGCUACGACUAAUAUUCUUUCCAUUUUGGGUCAUCAAAAGUUCAAGCUAUGAUGUUCGGGAGUUUUUAAAUCUUUCAGAGUCAUAUCCCAAAUCCCUGUACUAUGUUUUUAAUACUAUGUUGCUGAUGCUACUCGUAUUCCACGUCUACUGGUGGGUUCUCAUUUGCUCAAUGAUCAUGAGACAAUUGGAAAAUAGAGGAAAAGUUGGAGAAGACAUUAGAUCUGAUUCUGAGGAUGAUUAGACAGAAGAUUUUGUAAAAUUUCUUUUGUUCUUGCUGGUGAUGUUAAGCCCUGAGGAGAUCACUUGGUGUAGGUAGGUUUGUCUCUGGACUCUGAUCAGUCAGUGCUUCGGGUAAAAGUUAACAAUUGCUUCCAAUUUUUGAUUGAUUCUUCUCGGGGGCUCAGAUGAGGAAGUAGGGGAUGAUCAAGCAUGUCUUGAUUGCUUUUUGCUAUAUGAUAGGCAAAUUACUGUACGAUUCUUUUCUCUGGAUAAACUCAUAUUUUGGGAUUAGUCAUCAUUAGUGGAAAUGAAUACAAGGGAUGAAGAAGGGAAGUUAUUUUCGUUGAAUCGGUUACUUUCUCAUUUACUAAGCAAUACCGUGCGUCCGUUUGGGUUACCUUACAUACCUAACUUAAUCCAAGAUUCCAAGUGAACAGAAUCAAAUAAAACAUUAGUGUUGACAAGAUGAAAGCCUUUCAAAAAAAUUAUUGCCUGUGUUUGAUGUUAGGUUGGAUAAAACAUUUUUUUGGAUACCUCGUCGCCUGGAAUGACAACAUUCUCGGUCAAAUUUGUUACUUUGUUUUUAGGAUAAUGACAUGGAAUGGCACCACAAAUUAAUGUGUAAUAUGGGGGUGUACUGGAGAAGGGGACAACUAUAAAUGGACAUAAAUUUGAAUCAUCCUGGUAUAGAAGAAAGUGGGAUCUAGAUAGACCCGAUUAUCUCGUCGAAGAAGUC